GCCGAAUUGUACUUGACUUCCUUCAGAAAGCAAUCAUGGUCAGAAUUCAAGAUUUUGCGGGGAUGCAAUACUCCCGCGAUGGCACUGCAGACGAGCAGCAAGACUACUCCUUUUUCAACGAGCAAUAUGCAACCUCUUCCCACCAAAAGGACCAUGAUAUGUACCCCGAUCUCAUUGUCCAGCCGAAGCAAGACAACGACGUCAUCAAAGCUGUGAACUGGGCCAGAGAGCAGAAAGUCUCCAUUGCUGUCAAGAGCGGUGGCCACCAGUACAGCGGUGCAUCAUCCACCAGCGGCAAAAAUAUCCAGAUCGACCUUGGCAACACCUACAAGGACUUGAUGAUCUUGAACCCCCGCGACCCCAUCGACCAGGACAGAGCAUUGGUGUAUGUCGGUGUCAGCAACACAAUGAGUGAGCUGAACACAUAUCUGAGGCACAACCAACUGUUUGUUCCACACGGACAAUGUGCCUCUGUUUGUGUGGGUGGCCACGGUCAGACUGGCGGUUAUGGUCAGCUUGGCCGUAGCUUUGGCCUCUUUGGUGACAAUAUUAGGACCGUUCGCAUGGUCUGCCACGACGGUGUGAUUCGGGACAUCACCAAGAAAAACAACCCCGAGCUUUUCUACGGCAUACUCGGGGGUAGUCCGGGCAAUUUCGGCAUCAUCACACACUAUAUCGUCGAGGUUUACCGGGCCAAGAGUUACAUGGGAACUGUUGCUGGUCCAAACGGAUUCAAGGGUCCGCAUGGCAUCAAAGGGCUCUGGGUAUACUCCGACGAAGUUUUCAGGAAGCUCCUUACCAAUGUCGCACAAAUGGCUGACGAUCCUACCGUCCCGCGAGGCUUUGACCUCUGCGUCAGCGUCCUCAGCACGGACUUUCCCAUCACCACGUUGUUUCCCUCGUUGAAAGACGCCGGUAUAUGGGAAAAGAUUCAAGACAAGAUCAAGAACGAUCUUGCGGAUGAGUUUCUGGACUGGCUCAAUGGCCGCUUCCCCGCCGUCAUCGUAGUCUAUGCGCAAUGGUGCCCUACCAGCAAAGACGACAAAUAUGACGCGACUGUGGAUGCCUGGUUCAACAAAUUCCGCAAUCUCAAGCGCUCUUUCAAGAACCAGACUCUCGUCAUCACCGAGUUCGAAGAGGACAUGUCUAAAAUGACUGGAGAGUGGAUCUUCCCCAAAGAACGAGAGUUUGAUCUCCCUUACGUCAAGCGAACCUACGCUACAAGCUCCAAGACUCUCGUAAAGGAUAACUGGGUUGACUCUGUGGCUAAGCGCAUUGACUUGAUCUUCAACCCGGACCAGCUGCUCAAGGGUAACCCAGGAGAGAAGGACUACGAAGUCUAUCUCAACUGCAAGCUUUCUGUCCAGAUCCAAUGCUUCGGGGGUAAUAAAUCGCAAUUCUAUGCAAACAAGGAUAAUGGAACCUCCUACAGCUGGAGAGAUUCCACAGUAGUGCAGACACUGGACUGUUUUCAUAACGCCGAUGAACAAUCUAAGAAGUAUGCUGAAGCAUGGCAGUCCAAGAACGACUUGGUCAUGGUUGGUCCUACGAGCUCCUUCAGUAAGCAGGACAGACGUUUGCUCUGGGGCUCGUACGGUGAUUGGGACAUGGGUAAGCAGGAGAUUUGGAAGGCUUAUUACGACGAUGCAGACAAGUACCAGAGAUUGGGCAAGGCAAGAGGUACGGCUGAUCCUAACGGGACCUUCACUGCCAAUCCAUUUGCUGUGGCAGCUAUCCUGUAAGGCUUCAAGGAAUAACGAUGCUCAUCGGAUUUUAACUUGGAGGGCUCGAAAUAGCUUGGACAUUGAAGAUGCAUAUUUGUGCGAAUUAUUGACCGAAGAUCCUGUGCCAACGCGACACGUCUUCCCAG